GUUUGUCGGCCGGCGUGGGCGGGCACAGAAGAUCUACUGCGACAAUGCCACCAAUUUUGUCGGUGCCUCUCGGAUGCUUCAAGAGUUCAAGGAUCACUUCUUUACCAACAAGGAUGCCAUAAUGGAAUUUGCUGCCACCCGAGGAAUCACUUUUUCGUUCAUUCCGCCCCGAGCGCCGCAUUUCGGCGGCCUCUGGAAGGCUGCCGUAAAAUCGGCCAAAGGAUUAAUGAUCAAGGCCGUGGGAAGUGCAGUGCUCCGGCAGGACGAACUGAACCCCGUGCUGGUGGAGAUGGAAGCCAUUCUAAAUUCGAGCUCCAACCCCAACGAUGGCGAAGCAGUUACCCCAGCCCAUCUGUUGGUCGGGACAACGCUCGUUGCGCUGCCAUUCGUGUUCUGUCAGCCAGUAACAGACGACAAACUGAGCUACUUAAAGAGAUGGCAACUGAUAUCCGCAAUCAAGCAACGGUUUUGGGUAGAUUGGCAACGCGAUUACGUCCUGAGUCUACAGCAGCGGCAGAAGUGGCUGAGCGAGAGCCACAACAUCGAAAUCGGAACUAUCGUCGUGGUCCACGAGGACAACAGUCCGCCGCACCAGUGGCUGCUAGGAAUCAUCGAGGAGGUGAUCAAAGGCGCGGAUGGAAAGCUCCUUCACCAAUUGAGGAAUCUUGAAGCCCUGCUGCCGUUCAACGCGGCCGAUGAUUAG